CACCCCGGUCUCACCCCAAACCCAUUCCGCAUCUCCAUCUCCACCUCCACCUCCUCCGAUCCCAUCCACCCCCCACCCUCACCGCCACCAAGUCAAAGAUCCAACCUUCACUCCACCACCAUGACGAAGCCAUCGCCAUCCCCAUCGCCGGCGCCGGCCAAGGGCGCGGGGUCGCUGCGGGGCAGCCAGCUGAAGCAGCUGCGCUCCCUCUUCGACCGCUUCGACAUGGACGGCGACGGCAGCCUCACCCAGCUCGAGCUGGCGGCCCUGCUCCGCUCCCUCGGCCUGCGCCCCACGGGCGACGAGUCGCGGGCCCUCCUCCUCGCCAUCGACGCCGACGGCAGCGGCACCGUGGAGUUCGACGAGCUGGCGCGGGCCAUCGCGCCGGUGCUCACCGCCCAUGCGCCGCGGCUCGUCGACCAGGCGCAGCUGCUCGAGGUCUUCCGCGCCUUCGACCGCGACGGCAACGGCUACAUCUCCGCCGCCGAGCUCGCGCGCUCCAUGGCCAAGCUGGGCCAGCCGCUCACGUUCGAGGAGCUGCGGACCAUGAUGCGGGACGCUGACGCGGAUGGGGACGGCGUGAUUAGCUUCGGGGAGUUUGCUGCUGUCAUGGCCAGGUCCGCGCUCGACUUCCUCGGCGUCCCCGCCGCCUGAGAUGUGAGAUGAUGACCGGCCGGGCUCCGGCUGGCUCUGAUCGGAUGGACUGGUAGUAUGAUUCUUCUUCUUUGGUAGAACUAGUCGUAGUAGGGUGGUUCAAGGCCCGGACUGGAUCAACUGUGACGAACUCUCAUGGAAUUGCAACGUUGACCUGGAAUGUGUAUAAAUUUUGGUAAUUUGGUCAA